CACAUCCCAUUUUAGAAUAGUUAUAUAAUCAAAUUUAACAUUUAGAACGCAGAUGCACUCAUGAGUUGGAACAAAUGGUUGAGCUCUUUUUUUUCAAAUCAUGAGCUAUGCUUGCAUUCGCUCCUUAGUAGUUGGUAUGGCGGAUCACUUUGACAUUCACGUUUGCGAUAAACAGCAGAAGAUUCUACAAUUUGUGCAGCCUGUGGUUUCCUCUUGAAAUUAGUAUAAUUACUGACAAUGAGUUCAGGAUAUCAAGGUUACUAUGACAGCUACCAGUACAACCAGAACUAUGACUACAACCAGCAGGGCUACACACAAGGGACCCAGUAUCAAGAGCAGUGUAACAACAACCAGUAUGGACAAUCAUAUGACCAAAACAAUCAGUACCAAACUUAUGGACAGAACAAUGACUUCAACUCAAGUGGGCAAUACACACCGGGAUAUAAUCAAAAUAACAACCAGUUUACUGGUCAAUAUAGUGCUCAAAAUGCUAAUGAUAACCAAUACGGACAAAACUCUACGCCAGGCAGUACCUAUGGGCAAUAUGUGAGCAAUGGGACUGACUCUACUACAAGUUCUGCUUAUAGUUCGAGUUUCACACAGAACAGCUUCCCUGCAGAUAACACAGCAAGAUACUCGCAGACAGGGAAUUACAGCUCGUAUACCCCAGCGCCUGCCACCAAGGACUUUAACCAGAAUAGUGUUACUGGCUAUGGCCAGAGUACUACAACAAACCCUGGUUACAGUCAGGGACAAAAGUCGGCUGGAUAUAACGGCGGUACUGCAUAUGGACAGACAAGUAGCUAUCAAAAUUCAGGCAGUUAUCAGACAUCUGUUGCUUCAAAUUCUGUUUCUAGUUCUGGGUAUAGUCAGAAUUCUGGCAUAAGUAAUAAUUAUGGACAGAAUGGGGGUCAGUAUGGCAACCAGUUUGGACAGAACCUGUUCAACCAGAGAAAACAGAAUGGCCCGCAGAGUAGCACAGGGGGAGAUUACUCUAGUUACAAGUUUGACACCCAGCCCCCUCCUCCACCACCUCCAUCCCAUGUGCAACAUACUCAAAGAACAGGGAAUUAUGGGAGCAAUAACACACCUUCCCGUUACCCUGACACUUCCGGUCGGGGUCAGUCGUAUGACCGAACUACACGUGGGAGAUCUGGUAUUGACCAUUAUUCAACACGUGGUCAGGGUCCAACACGAGGAGGAAGAGGGGCAUCAGGACUUAGUGCCUCGUUUUCGCAAGGUCAAGGUCAGUCUGACCCGCCCAGAGUUUUCAGUGGUCGUGGAAAUAGAGGGGGGAGAUUUGUGAACCAGAUUUGUGUGAGCACCCACGGAGGAUAUUCCCAUCCCCAGACUCGCGAAAAGAAUAUUCAACAGAACUCUGAGGAAAUCAUGGCAAAGUAUUCGGAUGUGAAACCCAAAUCAAUCCUCCCAGCUGGGAAGGAAAAUGUUCCUAAGUUUGUGAAAGAAGAACAGCAACCUGUUGUGUCAACUGAUGAUGUGGUGCCGGUUGAGGUUGCUGGAAAGACAUCGGCAGACCCACUGGUGGCUGCGACAUCAACAUAUGUGAUCCCGACAUCAGCAGUGACAGGUGUCGGAGACCAGCUUCUGAGCCCAGAGGUAGAAGCUAAGCUACGGGAUCUCAUGCAACCCCUUUAUUGCAGAUUGUGCAGUGUCAACCUGAAUGCCACGUCUCAGGCUCAGCAGCAUUAUGAGGGGAAGAACCAUGCGAAGAAGUUGCGGAUGUUUCUCGCAUCCUCCUCAACGUCAGCAACAACUGCAGAUACGUCAGCUGGAGGCACUGCGACUGGAACAUCGGACAGUCCUGCUGGGGCCAAGGAUAAGGAGAAAGAGAAGAGUGAAAGUACGCCCCUGGAUGAGGAAGUUUACUGUAAGAUCUGCGACGUGUCCUUCACCUCGGUGAAACAAUCCACCCAGCAUUAUCAAGGCAAGAAUCAUGCCAAGAAAGUGAGACUUGCAUCAGCAACCACCAUCUCCUUGCCUAGCGACACGGUUGUCAAGGGUGAGGGUACUCAGUUUGAGUGUGUGAUGUGCUGUGUCCAUGUCACGUCACAGGAUCAGCUCAACAUGCAUCUGAAUGGGGCCAAACACAAACACAAGCUUCGUCUUCAGCAGCGGACGGGGGGAGCCCUGCGGGGGCGGUGGGUAGCUGGAGACUGGUGGAGUGCUGGGAGGGGCAGGGGGGUGGAAAUCUCCAACACUGGGGAAAGAGGAGGAGGAGGAUUCAAGAGGCCAUUUGGCAGGGGAGGCAAUUGGCAAGGAUCUGAUGACAAUGCAAGGAAUUUCCAGCCAUCGGGACCAAAGCGUCCCCGUCAAGACUUCUCAAAUUACCGCACACCGAGUGGAAAAUUUUACUGUUCGUGUUGUAACGUCACCUUGAAUGUGGAGAGUCAGUUUGCACAACACGUUGCCAGCAAACGGCACAAAACUAACCAUGCAACGCAGCGCAAUUCCUCGGACAGUGCUGACACCUACUAGCCGGUUGGAUGGAUAGUCCAGUCGCAUGUCUGUGUUAUAGACAUGCCUGGUCAGUAGUGCUUUCAUUUGUGGUUGAAAAAAACAAAUUCAAACACUGAACUGUUGUGAAGGUCAAGGCUUGCAGACGAUUCAGACUUCCAGACUGAAGAGUUCAUAUGUCACCUAGAGUUGUGCCCCUUUCCUAUAUUAACAUCAGAAAUCUGCCCCGUUUUGGUGAAAUCAAAGUAUGUACUUUUGCAGUCAGCUAUAAUUCUAAAUUAUGUUUUGACUUGGCGCCAUAUACGUUUUAGUCAUGUAUUUCAGUUGUGUUUGUACCAUAUUGUUCAGUUCAAGCAAUGUGGUUGUUUUCAUGUGGUCUUGUCAUGGUAAUACUGCGUUAGCUCACAACAAACAGUGACAACAUUACCAUUAGAGAACGGCAUUCCAUUUCAAUUGAAAAGUGAAUGUUCUCCAGAGACGAGCGCUUGCCCAUGUGUGUAACAUUUGGUUGAAAGUAAAAAAGAUCUGUAAGAAAUUUGAAGCCAACAAAUAAUAACUGAUAUUGUGCAAAAUAAUGAUUGAAUGAUUCAGUUUUUUGUAUGAUGUGUCGAUAUAAGAUUUUCUGUUGAUGUGGUUUAAAUGAAACGUUUAAGUUUUUUACAGUUUUACUUGUAUGAUUGUGAUAAGUAGUGAGUAGGAAAACACUAUAUUUGGUAAUUUGUCAGUUACCUGUUUUGUCUUGUCACCGUUAAAUUUAACGAGUGUAAGUCUAUGCUGAAGUAUGAGAGUUACAACUAGCGUAAGUCUAUGCUGAAGUAUGAGAGUUACAACUAGCGUAAGUCUAUGCUGAAGUAUGAGAGUUACAACUAGCGUAAGUCUAUGCCAAAGUAUGAGAGUUACAACUAGCGUAAGUCUAUGCUGAAAUAUGAGAGUUACAACUAGCAUAAGUCUAUGCUGAAGUAUGAGAGUGACAACUAGCGUAAGUCUAUGCUGAAGUAUGAGAGUUACGAUUAGCGUAAGCCUAUGCUGAAGUAUGAGGGUUAUGACUAGUGUAAGUCGAUGCUGAAGUGUGAGAGUUACAACUAGCAUAAGUCUAUGCUGAAGUAUGAGGGUUACGACUAGCGUAAGUCUAUGCUGAAGUAUGCGAGUUACAACUAGCAUAAGUCUAUGCUGAAGUAUGAGAGUUACAACUGGCGUAAGUCUAUGCUGAAGUAUGAGAGUUACAACUAGCAUAAGUCUAUGCUGAAGGAUGAGAGUUACAACUGGCGUAAGUCUAUGCUGAAGUAUGAGAGUUACAACUAGCGUAAGUCUAUUCUGAAGUAUGAGAGUUACAACUGGUGUAAGUCUAUGCUGAAGUAUGAGAGUUACAACUAGCGUAAGUCUAUGCUGAAGUAUGAGAGUUACAACUAGCGUAAGUCUAUGCUGAAGUAUGAGAGUUACAACUAGCGUAAGUCUAUGCUGAAGUAUGAGAGUUACAACUGGUGUAAGUCUAUGCUGAAGUAUGAGAGUUACAACUAGCGUAAGUCUAUGCUGAAGUAUGAGAGUUACAACUAGCGUAAGUCUAUGCUGAAGUAUGAGAGUUACGACUAGUGUAAGUCUAUGCUGAAGUAUGAGAGUUACAACUAGCGUAAGUCUAUGCUGAAGUAUGAGAGUUACAACUAGCAUAAGUCUUGCUGAAGUCUGAGAGUUACAACUAGCGUAAGUCUAUGCUGAAGUAUGAGAGUUACAACUAGCGUAAGUCUAUGCUGAAGUAUGAGAGUUACAACUAGCGUAAGUCUAUGCUGAAGUAUGAGAGUUACAACUAGCAUAAGUCUAUGCUGAAGUAUGAGAGUUACAACUAGCGUAAGUCUAUGCUGAAGUAUGAGAGUUACGACUAGUGUAAGUCUAUGCUGAAGGAUGAGAGUUACAACUGGCGUAAGUCUAUGCUGAAGUGUGAGAGUUACAACUAGCGUAAGUCUUGCUCAAGUUUGAGAGUUACGGCUAGUGUAAGUCUAUGCUGAAGUAUGAGAGUUACAACUAGCGUAAGUCUUGCUGAAGUAUGAGAGUUACAACUAGCGUAAGUCUAUGCUGAAGUAUGAGAGUUACAACUGGUGUAAGUCUAUGCUGAAGUAUGAGUUACAACUGGCGUAAGUCGCAGUAUAAUUCGUUCAGUGUGAAGUGUUCUGUAAGAUUCAAAAGAUUCUGGACUAAUUAUAACACGUGAAGGUGUGAUUGUUAGAUGUUGAAAGUCUCAGUUGUCAAAAGAUAUAUCCUAUAUUUAGCAAGACUCACAUUUCAAGGAACAUUUGUCGGUUUAAGUUGCUUCUGUUCCACAACUAGAAUUGUCGCUGACUGUUGAUCAAUAACAUUGCCGAAUUGACAGCACAUGUUUAUCUACUAAGUUGAUGAGGGGGCACGGGUGGCCCAGUCAUCUAAGGUGCUCCUAUAUGCUGUGCAGAGUUGCGUCCCUUUUGCACGCCAGAAACCUAUGAUUGUGGGUUUGAAUCCCAGUUCGUCCCGAUUA